CUGCGACCCAGUAUGAUGCAGCGCCUACUGCGGAAGUUGAUCAUUGAUGUGCCUGCUCUUGUUGAACACACCUACGUUGCCCUUAAGCUGUUGCAGCUGCACUAUGAGCGUUGCAUCAACUACUACGGUAGCAUCGGUGGCUGGGGCAGCCAUGGCAUGGCUAACGAUGAAGAGAAGAGACUGACCAUGAUGUUGUUUACUGGACUCUUUGAUGCACUGGCUGACAGGGAGUAUGACUCAGAGAUGUUUGACAAGGCCUUACCCUGCCUGACAGCCAUCGGUAGCGCCUUACCCCCAGACUACUCCAUGGCCUACAAUGAUGCUAGCUACAUCCGAGAGUCAAGCUUUGAUGCAGACGGGCUGUACCAACCAAAACCCGUGGAGACAUCAAGAGUUUUGCUGAACGAGAACCUCCUGUCUUUCAGUGAUCGCUUCGCUGAGCAUCUUCACGAUGCCUGGGCACUCAGUAUGUUUGAGGCUGGUUGGACCCAUGGGGAGAUUGAAAAUGCUGCCAUGAAGGAACACCCGUCAUUAAGACCUUACCGCACCCUCCAUCCUAAGGAGAAGGACAGUUAUCGAGACGUGAUCAGAGAGAGCCUGAAGGCCAUCCUAGCCUGGGGCUGGGCUGUUGAGAAGAGUAAAGUCCCUGAACAACACGCCCACGCACACAGACCCAGACGCCUCUCCAAAACCAGCCUGGGUGCCAUGGAAUCCCCUCAUGGUUACAAUCCACGACCCAUUGACAUGAGCAACAUCACCCUGACAAGAGAAAUGCAGACCAUGGCCGAGCGUCUUGCUGAGAAUGCACAUGACGUCUGGGCCAGGAAGACCAAGGUGGAAAUGGAUACAACAGGGGGAGGUUGCCACGCCCAGCUGGUGCCCUUUGACAUCUUGACUGACCAGGAGAAGAAGAAAGAUCGUGAGAUGGCUCAGGUCUUGCUCAAAUUCCUGCAGGUUAAUGGAUACCGCUUGCACAGUGAAGAGGAAGAAGAAAAGAGGACAAGCAGACAAUACGAUGCAGAUGGUCUGGUGAGAGGGGCCAGUACGAUUGAGAAGCGCUUUGCAUACAACCUGCUGGAGAAGCUACUCCACUACGUGGACAAGGCGCACUCAAACCUCAAACCAAUGUGGAGGGAUGCACCGCACAAGAGGAAAGAAGAAGAGAAGAGCUACAAAUUCUUCACCAAGGUGGUGCUGCCCUUGAUUGAGAAGUAUUUCCUGGCUCACUCGACAUACUUUGUGUCUGCACCUAACUCUCCUCAAAGCGGACGGUAUGGCUCAGCAUCUUACAGGGAGAAAGAAAUGGUCACUAGUUUGUUCUGCAAGUUGUCACAUUUAGUCAGACAGAAGAUCAACCUGUUCGGCCGGGAUCUACAGUGCAUCAUCAGAUGUCUGAGGGUCGUUGCCCAGUCUAUGGAUGCAAGCUCCGUGAUGAAGCACAGCUCUGACGUGGUCAAGAAAGGUCUUGUCAGCUUCUUCCAGCAUGCAGCCGACGACUUCACCGCCACCGUCCAGAACGUGAAGAACGGCCGCUUCACUCACAUCAAGACCACACAGGUGGUCAAGGGUAGCAUGGUGGUCAACUACGUACCUGGGGUCCUCAUCCCUGUACUGACCAGCCUCUUCAGCCACCUGGGGAGGUACCAUUUUGGACAGGAUAUACUCUUGGACCAGGUGCAGGUAGCCUGUUACAAACUCCUCAGCAGUCUCUACUCACUGGGUGCUGAUAAAUCCCUCUAUGUCAACAGCAUGCAAGUGAAAGAGGACAUCGACAGGCAUAGGCCAGCCAUCGGGGAGUUACUGGCAGCUUUUGCCGGUGCUUUCCCUGUUGCCUUCCUGGAGCCUCACCUCAACAAGCACAACGGCAGCUCACUGCUGGGUCAGCUAGAGCUGAAAGGGGCAAAUUAUGAAGGAGCAGAAGAACUGUUGCGACUGACAUCAGGAAUUCCCACCUUGGAGGCCGUCAUGAAGGAGCUGGACCAGAUGGCCACAACGGGUGCCACGUACAAUGACGCACCCCACGUCAUUGAAGUCAUUCUGCCCAUGCUAUGCAGCUACCUUCAUUUCUGGUGGAUGGAAGGUCCCGAUAACAUCUCCAGGAGGCAAGGAAAUUACUGGACGAUGGUGAAUUCCAACCAUCUAAACACCACCUUGGGGAACGUCUUGACUCUGAUCAGAUUCAACUUGGGUUCGGGAGAUGCCCCCUGGAUGACACGCAUUGCUGCCAAUGCCCAGCCCAUCCUGAAUGACGUCAAGGAGGAGUUACUCAAGACCCACUUCCUGCCAGUCAUUGUCAAGCUCCGAGGCAAGAUGGAGACGGUCUUUGCAGCAGAGGAGGUCCUCAAGAAGGAAUAUCCCAUGGGAGGCAACGAGAUGGAGGAGGCAGAGUUUGCCAUUCUAGAGGACUACCACCUUAUAGUGAGGGACAUCUAUGCUCUCUACCCACUUCUCAUCAAAUUUGUCGACUCACAGAGGGCCAAGUGGUUAAAGACACCAUCUUUGGAAGCAGAGAGCCUCUUCAGUGAGGUGUCCAGUAUCUUCAACUGCUGGGCCCGAUCUGCAAACUGUCGUCGUGAAGAGCAGAACUUCGUCGCCCAGAUGGAGGCCGAAAACGCUGCCCUCUUGGCUUCAGCAACAUCCAACCGACGCAUGGGUCUGACCCCACCAGACGACCCUGGCGCCGGCCUGAAGGCGGCCAGGGACCGUCGGGUGGAAGGUCAAGGGUCACCGACUGGCCUGGUGGUGGUCUGUCUGAAGCGCAUGCUGCCUAUUGGGAUGAACCUGUACGGAGCGAGGGAACAGGAACUAGUGCAGCAGGCGAAGAUUAAAUUCCAGGAGAAAGAGACAGAGAAAGACGUGCGAGAAUUCCUGGUCCAGUCGCUCCACGUCCAGGACAAAGAGGUUGACCCUAAAUCCAAAGAUGACCCCUCCUCCCAAAAGACCUCUGCAUCAUCUUCCUCUUGCACUACUGCCUCGUCUAGAAGCCGACCCUCUAACAUGUCCGCGUCUUCCAAGUCCUCGUCUGCGUCUUACCGUCCGUCUAAAAAUAGAUCCUCCCCCGCUUCCUCUUCGGCACCGCCCCCUCCUAGUGCAUGCCCGAGGCGGUCGUCUCUUGCUGCUAGUCAAGCGGCCAAGAACUGGCAGAGGCAUCUGUACAACAAGGCAGCGUCCAAUCGCAUGAUUCAUGCCGUGGAGAUGACGCAGGAGAAGAUCGUGGAUAGGAUCAUGAACAUGGCGCUGGUGCUGCAUAGACUACAUAUGAUGGAGCAUCCUCCGUUGUCCAAGAAGAGCGCUUGGAGGCGGCUCAUGUCAGCUCAGAGAAGACGAACCAUCAUGGCUUGCUUCAGGAUGAUACCACUUCACCAUCUGCCCAAGCAUCGUGCCAUCAACUACUUCCUUAGAGCAUACAAAGAGAAGUGGCUCAGUGUGGAAGACUCAGCUCAGCAUCUGCUGAUUGAAGAUCUCACGAAAUCCAGUGGUGAGGAGUUGGCAGCAGUUUCUGAGGAGAGUAGCAGAGAUCCCUUGCAUCAACUCAUCCUGACGUUCAGCCGGUCGUUUGGACUCCAACACAAUGGUGUACAGCAAGACUUCCUGUACGCUUCAUAUGCAGACAUCAUGAGCAGGAGUUGCAGCGGGGAUGAUGAUGAAGAUGAUGAAGAGACAGAGGACAGCAUCUCAUUCCAGGAGCAAGAGCUAGCCAAGCAGCGCCUGUUGUCAGAGCAAGGGAGGCUUGCAGACAGAGGGGCUGCUGAGAUGGUCCUGUUGCUUCUCAGCGCUAGCGAUGGUGAGCCCGGCCCCAUGGUCAUGUGCACCCUACAACUUGGUAUCUCCCUGCUUAGGGGUGGCAACGUAGCUGUACAAGAGAGAAUGCUUUCGCAUCUUCAAGAUAAGAUGGAUGUGGGGUUCUUCACGAGUGUCGCUGAACUGAUGGAAUCCUGCAGUGUGUUGGAUCUGGAGGCAUACGAGAGGUACAACAAGGCUGAGGGACUCGGCGUUAGCUCAGGGGAAAAUGCCGUCACUGGUGAGUCGGCUGCAGAUGUUUGUUUCCUGACCGAGUUCAGCGAGAAGGCGCUCCACGAUGCUCCGUUUACAUGUGCUCUGUUCCGGUUCCUUCAGUUGCUCUGUGAGGGACACAAUCUGGAAUUCCAGAAUUACCUGAGGACACAGACUGGCAACCAUACCACCGUGAACAUAAUCAUCUGCACUGUGGAUUACCUCCUUCGACUGCAGGAAUCAAUCAGUGACUUCUACUGGCAUUACUCGGGCAAGGAUGUCGUAGAUUCACAGGGUCGUGAGAACUUCUCCCGUGCCUUCAAGGUAGCCAAGCAGAUAUUCCGAACUCUGACGGAAUAUAUACAGGGUCCAUGUUCAGGGAACCAGUUAGCCCUGGCACACAGCAGGCUAUGGGACGCAGUGGGCGGUUUCUUACACGUCUUUGCCAACCUGCAGAAGAAGCUAUCCCAGGAUCCCGGCCAACUAGAGCUGCUACGAGAACUACUCAACCUACAGAAGGAGAUGGUGGUGCUACUACUCAGCAUGCUGGAAGGUAACGUGAUGCAUGGGACGAUUGGCAAACAGAUGGUGGACACACUGGUGGAGUCAUCGCUCAAUAUGGAGAUUAUCCUGAAGUUCUUUGACAUGUUCCUGAAGCUGAAGGAUAUGGCCUCAUGCGAGGCUUUCAGGGAGUAUGACACCAACAACGAUGGUUGGAUCUCGCAUAAGGAGUUCAGGGUAGCCAUGGAAGCACAGAAGAUAUACACAAGUGAGGAGAUUGACUAUCUGCUCAAGUGUGCUGAUAGGAACAAUGAUGGCCGCAUUGACUUGAAUGAGUUCACUGACCGCUUCCAUGGCCCAGCACAGGACAUCGGUUUCAACUUGACAGUCCUGUUGACCAAUCUGGCGGACCACAUGCCAAAUGAUGUCAGGCUGGAAAGAUUCAAGCAGCUUGCAGAGAGCUUACUGAAUAACUUUGAACCGUACCUAGGAAGGAUUGAGAUCAUGGGCAGCAGCAAGCGCAUAGAGCGUGUGUACUUUGAGAUCAAGGAGACCCACAAGGCUCAAUGGGAGAAACCACAGAUCAAGGAAUCCAAGCACGCCUUCCUCCAUGAACUCGUCAACGAAGGAGGCGAGAAGGAGAAACUGCAAGACUUUGUCAACUUCUGUGAAGACACCAUCUUUGAGAUGCAGCAUGCAGCCAGUAUGAGUGACACAACAGAAGGCAUGCUGGAGAGCAUAGUCAGUCUCAUUGCCUUCGGGGGAAGAGACUCACAGGCGUGGUUGAUGUGGUUCUUCCGUUCUCUACGUCCGUCCAGCAUCCGCAAGUCGAUGGGUGACUUCCUUGAGGAGUACAGCCUGAAGAAGCUGCGGAACAUCUCCAUCUUCUCCAUCUUCUGGGCAAUCUUCAAGAUUUUCUUCUUCUUAUCCAAGAAGACGUUUGCUCUUGUAUUCUUCUUCAUCAGCAAACUCAUUGGUAUCCUGCUCGGUAACCGCAUACUGGAGGAUGCACGCGAGAUCACCGGUACCCUCAAGGAAACGCUCAAGGUACCCAACAUAGCCCGGCAGCAGGCCUCAGGAUUGCAUACCAUGCAGAACUACGGGUUACCGACUGCCAAGAGCGGGCCCACAGUCUCAGCGUUCGGCAUUGACUUCUUCAAGGAUCGCAAGUCAUCAGACGCCAGCGAUCAGAGCGAGAGUGCUGGACAGAUGAGAAUGAGGCGCAAACGCCGGCAGCUGACUCCGUCUCCAAGCUUUGACUUCGACCGCGAUGGGAAGGAGGGCCCGCUGGUACCGCCCUCUACUCCAGGGGCUGACACACCUGAGGCUACAAUCGCGGCCAUGAUCAAUGGUUCGGCCAACCAGCCCCGUAACAUAAUGGAUAGAAGAGAAAGCACUGUCUUCCCAAGUUUGUUUUUGGCUCAGGAGCUUGGCCUGCAGAACAAGGAUGAGCAAGAAGAAGAGGAAUUCUGUGAGCCCAACAUGGACAGGGUCAAGCAGACCUUCCUGAGUUUCUUUGCCCGAAAUUUCUACAACAUCAAGUACCUUGCUCUUAUCUUGGCCUUCAUCAUCAAUUUGUGUCUACUGUUCUUCCGGGUGUCUGUAUUGCUGGCCGACGCCUCUCCUCUUCCCGAGGCCAACCCUUUCGACGAGAUCAACUCCACCAUCACCGGCAAUGGGGAGACUCCUCCCCCUACCCCAGACGAGGAAACCGAAUCCGAGGCAGAGGAGAUUAUCAUCUUACAAGAGGGUGUCAUGCAUCUUGAACCCCUCCUACAGUUGCUGUGCAUCAUUCACACUCUGGUCUCCGUCUCCAUGCUGAUUGCUUACUGCGCUCUCAAGGUUCCUCUUGCCAUCUUCAAGAGGGAGAAGGAGAUUGCUCGUAAGCUGGAGUUUGAAGGAGCCUGGAUUGAGGAGCAGCCGACACGAGAUGACAUUAAAGGACAAUGGGACUCGCUAGCCAUCAGCACUAGAUCAUUUCCUGUCAACUACUGGGACAAGUUUGUCAAAAGAAAGGUCAUGGAGAAAUACGGGGAGAGUCUUGGAGAAGAGAAGCUCAGUGAAAUCCUGGGAUUGGACGGUGAAUCUAGCAAGCCACCGCAGGGGAUAAUAAGUGCACUGUUACAUGCCCUUGACUGGAAGUACCAGCUCUGGAAGUGUGGUGUCAUCUGCACGGACAGGUCGUUCCUGUACAUAGCCUGGUACCUGACCUUCUCACUGCUGGGUCAUGUCAACCCUUUCUUCUUUGCGGCUCAUCUGCUAGACAUGGCCAUGGGAUUCAAGACACUACGCACAGUACUACAGUCAGUCACACACAACGGCAAACAGCUGAUGCUGACUGUUCUGAUGACCUGUGUCAUCAUCUACCUGUACACCGUCCUGGCGUUCAACUUCUUCCGCAAGUUCUACAUGAAAGACGAAGACGGACAGUUAGAGUACAAGUGUCACAACAUGAUGACGUGUUUCAUCUUCCAUCUGCAUUCUGGGCUCCGUGCAGGAGGUGGCAUUGCUGAUGAGAUUGAGCCUCCAGACGGCGACGACUAUGAGUUAUACCGCAUCAUCUUUGACAUCACCUUCUUCUUCUUUGUCAUCAUCAUCUUGCUUGCUAUCAUCCAAGGUCUGAUCAUUGAUGCCUUUGGGGAGUUGAGAGAUCAACUGGAGCAAGUCAAGAGUGAUAUGGAGACCAAGUGUUUCAUCUGUGGGAUCGGCAGUGAGUACUUUGACAAGACCCCCCACGGCUUUGAGCUGCACACAUCCAAAGAGCAUGACCUCUCCAACUAUAUGUUCUUCCUGAUGUAUCUCAUCAAUAAGCCAGAAACAGAACACACCGGACAGGAGUCGUACGUCUGGCAGCUCUACCAGCGACGGUGUUGGGACUUCUUCCCCGUCGGUGACUGCUUCCGGAAACAGUAUGAAGAGGAGUAGAAAGCUUGGACAACUGUGCACGCCCCUGGAUCCUUAGGGUUACAGGUUCUGAGUCUUCGGACAUGCCUGGUACCUAAGAAUUGACGACGCUAUCGACAAAAAGUGUCACAAGUCCUGGUCACCCAGAAUCCUUUUGUAGUGGAAGAUCCAGGAUUUGUUUUUACAGAGUGUGGCCGAGGCAUUGAAGUCAAUUCACAUACAGAAACUAUAAAUACCUGAAGCAAUGAAGUGAGAUCUGCAAUACUAUUCAGGAAACAAUGUGGCAUUUCUUCAAGUAAUGUAUAACUUUUGUCAAAUGGAUUGAACUGUUAUUACUCAACAUACUCCCCUCCCCCCCCCCCCCCCCCCUCCCCAAAUAAAAAAUUCCCGUUUUCUACAUCAGCAUUCUUGUGACUGUAUUUAGCGCAUUUGUUGAGACAGCAGUCAAGGGCAGAAAAAAGGUCAAGGUCAAAUCAAGUGACCUCUGACCUCAACGUGAAGAACUCCACAAAGGUCACAAUUUGCAGUUCUUUGACAUGGGUUUGGUGCAAUAGGGUUUUGUGGGAGGUUGCUUUCAGCCGUUGUUUACUUAUCAAAUUGGACAGGAUCAUGGAAUCAAGGUUAAAUAGUGCUGCAGUGAACUUUAUGCAUUAACCCUUGGUGACCUUUGAAUUAUCAGAAUUGUGACCUUUGACCCCUCAAGUUAAGUUUUGAAUACAAUUUAAUUGUCAAGUUAGGAAUCCGUGCACAUGUAUUCACUCCAAUACAUUUUUUUUUAUGCAAUUGUUGAAAUCUUGCAAUGGAAAAUUUUAUUGCAUCCUUUUGCUGCGAAAAUUGAUUCCAGAAGCCAAAGUUUUUCUUGAUAAUUUAUCAAGAUAUAUAUAUUUACGGAGAGUUUAUUGAUUGAUACCUUGGGUUUUUUUUAUUAAAAAAUAUGAAAAUUGUGAGUUUUCGCAACCAUUUUGCUAAAACUUGAAAUUAUUGCAGACUCCAGCGUGGAAAGCAAUCAAACGGAAGUAGUAAUGUUGACUUUUUAUGAAAAGAGUUUCGAAGGAAUAUCUUUAUAAGUGACAUAUCUCAAGUACUUUUUCGAACAUUUGAAUGGUUAUAAAUUGUUGAGAUUAGCAGUAUGGUUUUGAGUGCAAAUAAACCAAAUGUUAUAUGAAGAAAUUAACACCAAUUAAAUAACAUUAUAUCGCUAGGAUUGAUUGACAGUACAAUUUUUUGCAAUAUAUUCAAACAUUUAGUUCUGAAUUUAUUUUUGUGUUUGUUUUGGUUUUAUGUUCUGAUAACUGCCCAUAUUUUGUUGAUGUUUCUAUUAAACCGUUAAAAAAGGGAGAUUGAAAAUUCAAGAUUUGAUGCUGAAUUUAAUAAUUUGUUGAGCAGAAUGUGAUUUUUGGAUUUUUAUCCUGUUUUUGGAACUGAAAAUGGAAAUUGCAUAAUUGUCACUAAUAAUAUGAACAAAAAAUGGUCCUGGGUCACGGAAAACACUUAGUGACACAAAAUGAAUGUUGAACUUGAAUUACAGAGUGAUCAGUAGAUCUGCAAUUCUCACAUCAUAAUCAGAACACAAUUUCAUUGAGAUUUUUGGCAGAAAAUGUUGCUAAGCCAAUUUAUGUACUCGGUAAACGCUCAACUAUGAAUCAGUAACAUGCAGCAUUAAUUUUUAUAUCAUGUUUGGAUACUUUUAUUUCAUUGGUCUAGAACGGCCACGCGGCCACUCCAUAAAAAUGACUGCUCACUUCAAAUACACUGCCUUGCAUAUAAAUUACCCUAUAUGCACUGUGUUGCAAAUACAUUACCUCAUAUACACAACGUUGCAUACAAAUUAUCUCCUAUACACCGCAUAAAUAGUUCUGUGCUUAUUUAGUGGCUUUAUGAAAUUAUUCAGAUUUUUUUUGUUUGGGGGUGUAAUAAAUUUCCCUCCAAUUCGGUCCGAGAGAGUGAAUACACUUUGUAUAUUAUUGUGAUUUUUAAUGGAUGAGUGUGGAUUAUCAAAAAGUAUUCUUAUUUUCUCUUUGGAUUUGAAGGACAACAGUUGAAUGUAAAUGCGAAACUCUGUAAUGAUAGGAAUUGUUGGGCAACGUUGGAGAAGACAGCCCUGCCAGUUUUGAAAAAAAAUAUGCCCAUUGUUGUUGCAUGUCUAACAUACUAGACAUAAUAUCACUUGUAAUCAAUCAUGUGCCUUGGAAUUUACACCAGAACAACUUUUGUAGAACUAUGAUUUUUGUUAAAACUAAUAUCUUCAAAACAGACACCAGACUGUUUGAAUUAACCAAAGGAUUUUUGAAGUUAAAUUAACAUUUGUAAUAAUUCUUGAAUAGUAGAUGUGAUUUAAAUGCUUGGGCAUAGUAGAUUUUUCAGGAAAGUUGAAAGCUUACAGUUAGUCAAGAUAAAAAAGCAGUAUGUUUUGUUGAUUUGUUGAAUACAGCCAACAAACAGAGAAAUGGUGUCACACAAAAGCAACAACUCGUCUGUUUUUAAUUUUUUCUUUGCACAGAAUUUAAUUUUUGUAACCAACACGUUUUUGUACUUGUUGGAAGUUUCUAAAGAGCUUGAUGUGACGUUAUCUAAACAGAACAGGCGUCUGUGUUAUUCAUAAAAGUUGUAACAACUCAUAAAAGCAAGGAAGUGAAAUGUAUUGGUUUGGACACUUUUCUUCAUCAGUAUUUUUACUUGCAUACUUCUUAACUUGGACCCCAAGUAUUGGGAUAGUUCAUGUACCUGCAGACCGCAGAUAGAGGGUCAUGAUGUUAAUUUGGCGACAAAAGCAGUCAUUUCUGUUUGUCAAGCUGCAUGCUGACAUACAAGUACAGGGGUAGUGUAUCAGUGCUGAUUGGUUGGUUACAAGAUUUUGUCGGUGUGUGAUCAGUUGCUUUUAAAAGGAGAGGACACAUGGAUGGUUUUGAGCCUCUGUGCACUUCUGUAGACUAAAUUACCUCUAGAUUAAUUCAUUUUUGUUUGUUGAGGAGUUGUUUACUUGUCUAAUGUCAUGUUCUUUAACCACAUUAUUUUUGACUCUUUAUGAGGCUUGUGCUGAAAAGACUGGUUCCUUUGUGUUAUGUUGUGCUUCACAUUGAACAUGAAUAUGGGUACUAUACCAAGAUGGCUGCCGCAAGACAUGUAAGGUUGUGUAUUUAGGGUUUUUAGAACUUGCAUAAGGAACAAAAUGGUCUGUUACUUCUGACAAAGACUGGUCUUUGGAAAAAGACGAUGAAAGUAUGUUCGUGGAACAUAUUUCGUAAAAAAAUGGUUUACUUUGGUAUAUUGUUAUUAACUCAGUUGUAUUAAUGAGGCAAUCACAUUUUCUUCUCGGCAAAAGUUGUUUAUAAAUAUAUUUAUAUAUAUAAUUUAUACACAUUGCAAAAAAAAAUUGUUUUGUAUUCAUAUAAAAAAAAAUCUUUACAAAUUAGUGUCUUGUAAGUGUAAUAGUUUUGACGAUUGAUUAUUUUGUUUUGUUGAAAAUAGUUGUACAACUUGUGUUACCAAAUAGAGAUUUUAUUGUUCAUACAUAAUAAGCUUGGGAAACCUUUGGUUUGGCUAGAUAUCUACUGAGCUUGAUAUUUUUUUUCUUUCGUGAAUGAAAUAGAAUCAACGAAUGAAAUACAGAUUGUUACCGUAGUUUAUCAUUUUUGUGCAAUUUUAAGUGUUUUGUGAAUGAACUGUAGCGCCAACUUCAGGUAUUUUGAAAUGUUUAGACAACGCAUAUUGUAAUAAAACACUGAAUUGUUAGCUAA